AUGGCAAAAAGCUUUUGUUCUGGACGAGUGGAGGUUCUUCAUGAUGGUCGGUGGGGAACAGUGUCUGAUGAUGGCUGGGAUCUAACAGAUGCUGCAGUGGUUUGUAGAGAACUGGGCUGUGGAGAUGUUAUAGAGGCUAAAGGUGGUGCUUAUUUUGGACAAGGAUCUGGCCCAGUAUGGAUGAAUUCUGUUGACUGUGUAGGGAACGAGUCUUCAUUGAUACAAUGUAACGUAGAUCACUGGCAGCACAACAACCUCGAUAACCUGCACGAUGCUGGAGUCACCUGCAAUGAGCCCUAUUCCACAAACAGAGGGUCUGUCCAGGGCUUAGAGUCAAGUGUUAAAGUCCUGUUGAGGAUUGAGAUGAAGACCGACCCCAAGUUCAACCCAAAUGAUCACAGAGCCAUGAGUAAGCUCUCCAAGGAGAUUGAGAAGAAGCUGCAAAUAAGUGGACCUUUCUCACUGACUUGGAAAACUCAGAAAGAUGGAAAAGUCUUCCAGGAGGUCUCCCAGAAAAAGAAGCCUGCAAGAAAAUGUAGCUGACAUGCUGGAUAAUAUAUUGUUAUUUUAUUGAAAUCGUAUUUGUAAUGAGAUGUUUCAAUUAAAAUGUAGAAUAUUUUUUAUAUUUCCACUGGUUAUUGGUGGGGGGAAAACAGCUUUCUAAUUUUUUAUUCCAACUGUUAAUGGAAAUUCAAAUCCCAUGUUAUAUUCCGUAAAUAAAUACCAUAAUGCCAUAACAAUUUAAUAUAUAAUACAGAUACUUUAUUUUUGAACAUUUUACAUGUUAUGUUUUUAAAUGUUGGUAUUAAUGUUACUACUGUAGUUGAAAGUGCUACAUUGGCAAAUUCACCGAAGGUAUAUAUUUGGCAAUAUUCAAUGUGAUUGAAAAAUAAAUUAAUAUUGCAUAGGUAAUUUUUAAGUCAUUCAAAUAUUAAAGCAUGUCAGAAUUAUGCGGUGUAUAUUUUUUAUAAUCAUGUCCUGCUUGUAUGUUUUAACAGCUAUAAUAAUCAGCAGCUUUCCACCAAUCUAAAGACACACCAUAUGUUGUUUUGAGAUAAAUUAGUUGUCAUGUGUUUUUAACAAAAAGCCAUCUAUUAGGCAAAUUGUAAAUGGGAAAGUUUACAUUAGAUACGUUGUUUUGUCUGCACAACCAAUGUUCAGUAAUACUCUCUUCACACUUUUUGUAGGUGCGCAAUGCAUUUUCCAAGUUUGAAAAGUUAUUUCUGAUGACCCACAUAUAAAGUAUAAUUACUUUUUUUUAAACCAUUUUGAAGAUUGACAGCCCCAGUGACUAUAUGUGUUUGUUGUUGCAAUUUCUAUAUUUACUAAUAAAAAAAAAUGAA